GGGAAAUUGCUAUUGCUUUUUCGCGCAACCUGAUGAAAUUAGGUAAGAAAAUGUAUAUCUAUGUUGAGAACUUAAUUUUUUUCUCCUACAUCGUCUCUUCAUUUUUCGGUUUCUAAAAAUGCUGCACAAUUUUCAAACAUUCUAGGUAUGCCAUAUCCUUAUAUAGUAAUUGAAAGUUAAAAAAUUAUAAUUGAGCUUACUAUUCAACAUUUUAGAGUUUUCCUCGGAGACAAGAUGACACUGAAGACACGGAGACCGAGUCACCGGAUGCUAAAAGUAAUAAUAAGUUACGCAAAGCCGAAUUAUACUCGACUCGUGCAGAAAAAAUGCGUUAUUCAGACAUUCACGCGAGCGAAGAAAAAAUCGCGUCGGGAUCUCUUGGGAGGAAGAGGAAACACAGUAAACGGACUGAAAGACGAAAGCUUGAAGCACGGCCUCACACGGCAGAGGCCUUUCAUGAUCACGAUCGAACAGAUAUCAGGUCUUCUGUGAAACGCUACAGUGACAGGGAAGGUAGCGUCACUGAUAAAUCGCGAAGAAGAAAGAGGCAUGUUUCCCGAGAAGACGACGAGGUGCCCAUCACCGAGAUCUUGAAAAAGGCUCAAGAAAAUGCGCGCACAAAAUACGAAGAACCUGUGCCGCUUCCGGAAUUGACUACAGACACAAUUUAUAUUCAAGGCAGAAGCGGCUUUAGCGCCGUGAAAAUUGGCGGAUCGAGACGUGCUUUGGGAAAUGAUACGACACGUGCAACAAAAGGUAGAGGAGGCUGCGAUUCUACAGAGACUCGAACCUAUACGCUCAUAAAGGUAGCAAUCACUGCGCAGAAAUUUUGGAAAUGCACAGGGCUCGUCUAUCAAGGUCUCUUGGGCGGUAUGGCAUUUCUGCAUUUCAUAAUGAUUCAUGUCUUUUUUAACACUUCGAUGGAAUUCAUAUCAAAUUACUCGAUUUUCUCCGAAAUAUAUGCGAAUAUAUUUUCAUUCUUAAUCGCUCUUUGCAUCAUCUCCAUCUUCGAUAAAUUCGAUCUAGCACGGCUUGAUACGGAUCACUUGCGCGAGAUUUACACAGAUCACGCGAAAACCGCGAUCGCCAUUCCACUUUAUCUGGUAACGUUUGGACUUCAUCAAGCAUCGUCAAAGAUGGACGAUCAAUUAGCUCUAAUACAUUAUCAAAGCAACGAAACAUGGUCAAAUAAUACAACGCAGGAAACUUUUCUGGAGGAGCUGAACGACUGGCAGAAGGUAAUGAUAUCGAAGGACCUUCUCGCGAUUUUCGCUUGGCUAUUCGUCGCUCUUGGAACGCGGGACAACAUGCUAUUGACGCACCUAGAAUCGAUGGUGCAAUACGCGAGCAACUCGGAAUCACCGAGAUAACAUUCGAAGAAUGACUUUCACUGUCGAAUGAAAUAAAUGUGUGUAUGAAGUUCUUCCACGCAAAUGCGCAGACUGAAUACUAAAGUAUUGAAGACAGGAAUAUUUUAAAGAAUAAUUAUUCACUGUCUUUUACGUAAAAAUACUCACCGAUGCAUGUCGAUUCGGUGUUAUCCAAACAUAACAAAUCACGAAAUGACGUUAAAAUGAAACUGACUGAAAAAGUGACUUUUAGUAAUCAUGGCAUUUUCGUAAUCAUUUUGACAUCAUUUUGAUGUUAUAAUGAUACUUGUAUACUGUUUGGAUAUUCCAAGUACAAAGGAUAUAUGUUAUAAACGUUUUCAGGAACCAAUGCUCUAAAGAAAAACAAAUACGAUUUAAACAUUUAUUUGUAACAGAAUAGCGUUUGAUAUGUACAAUAUGUAUAAAGUUCGCCUAGACACUAAUCGAUAAUACAUGUAUACAUAAUAGCAAAGAGAGGACAAUAAUAUUAAGGUUAAAACCCGCUAAACGGAAACUAACAGUAACGUUACAUAUCAAUAUCAUAAUUUUUCUCGCAACAAUAUAAGUGUAAAAUGAUUCAUAUUUUACAGAUUGCAUCAAUAUAUUGGUCAGUAUGUUAGAUUUCCUUCUCUAGCAGGCAUGCGUGGUCGAUCAAUUACAUUUAUAAAAUGUAAUUGGUUGAUCAAUAUGUUGAUGUAACAUAACAGUACAUUACUGAAUAGGAAAUUAUAACAUUGUUGCAAUAUUUAGUCUGCGUUCUGUUAGUCUGUGUUCAGCGGAGAUAACAUAUGAUGCAAUGGUACAGUAGUAAAAUAUGUUUGGACUUUUUUUGAGCGCGAGAACAUCGGUGGAAUCUGCAAUUGCAAGAUUGUGAUCGUUAACGAUCGGCCGUUGUGAUCGCGAAAUAAAUUGAGUAUCAAAAUUCAUAUCGUGGUACACAAUGGAGGGGGAGGGGGCUAUCGUCGAUCGGCGGUAAAAUUUCUGUAGCUUACAAUUGUCGAUUCGAGCGGCGCGCUCCCGUUUUUUUACGCGGACGAAAGCAUUUAUCCAUAAAUAAUGUGCAAAGGCUUGUACUCAUUUGCGAAGCAACGAA